GGCCAUCGCCAGCAGGCCGACAGCAUGGAUCUACUGCAUCGUCCGCCAAUCAAUUGACAAGUGGCUGGCCCUCAUGCACUGGAGUCGCAGCCUAGUCCCUGGGCAUCGGCGGUGCACGUCCUUCGAUGCCGAACCGCACAACGCCGACCGAACCCGACCUGAGGGACGACGGCGCCCGCAUACCACUGGUGCAUCCACGACCCACUGUGGAGAACAUCACACGAGGAGUGUCCAACAUGCGGGCACACAACGAUGGCGGUGCUGGUGACGAUGCAGAUGAAGGAUUCAGGGAGGACGUGGAAGUAGGGGACGACGACGACGACAUUCCUAUUCGGCCUUUGGGGAAGACGGGUGGGAGGGGGAAAGGACGCGACGAAGGUGCUGUUCGUGGUCGAUCCGUCGGCCGUGGCGGCAGAGGUGGCAUCAGCGACGACGACGGGAAGUGUGCGACGUACUGGUCUCCAGAAGAACAAAUGGCCCUCGUGAGAUGCAAGUGGGAGCAGGAGAUCCACCUCGCCGGGCUGGGUCACAAUUACGGGCGGAUGCGCACGAAGAAGUGGAAGGGGGACGACAUUGCGAAACACAUGGCGAUCGCGGGGAGGCCUAAAGACGCCGACGACUGCAUGAAGAAGUGGGACAAUCUCUUCCAAAACUACAAGAAGAUACAGAGUCCGAAUGGGGUGCAACUGCCUAGGCGAGGAGCGGUUGGUGGGGAGUUUGUUGGAAGCGAGGCCGGAGGUGAUGGCUGCCCUGAAGAACGCUCUUUUGCGAAGGACUCCGACAACAACGCAGGCACUGGGGCUGGAGGCGGGAAACGGAAGAAUGCGCGUCAACAGGCAUUGGAGUCGAUCGCUGAUGUCAUGGACCGCCAUGGUGAACUGAUGUCGGCGACAAUCGAUUCAUCUAGCAAGCGGCAAUGCAGCAUAUUCAUGAGGCAAUGUGACAUACUCGAGCCGGAAGUUGCAGUCCAAAAAGCGCACUAUGCGGCGUUCGAGGAGACGGAGAGGAUGAUGUGUCACGCGCUUACGGAGAUCGCAGCCGCCAUCCGUGCCCUUGCACGAACGUCGCCUGCGCACUCCAACACAAGGCAACCCAGCGCUGGCGACGACGACGAGCCCUUGCACGAACGUCGCCUGUGCACUCCAACACAAGGCAACCCAGCGCUGGCGACGACGGCGCUCGCUGAGGUAGACGAAAGGCGAAACACGGGUGGACUGCCCGCCACGCCAUCUCAGCCACGUCAGCGCGAUCCGGGUGAUGACGGAGGGUCCGUCCAGCGUGGCGGCGGGGGGGAAGUCGUGGCAGAAGCUUGCACAGUUGGUGGCGAGGCUGGAGGUGGUGCAGGUGCAGGUGCUUUGGGCACUGUGGCCCCCGUUGUAGCGGCGAGAGAGGAAGCGACAUUUGUUGCGACGGCGAGAGAAGAGGCGCGUGGCGAGAACAAAAGUGAUCGGGACGGCGGCGAUCCUGGUUCAAGCCGGGAUCACCGGCCCAUCACAGCUGCAGCAAGCGAUCUCCCACGCGGCUGCAGUGGAGAACAUUGCUCUGCGCAUCUUUUCUUGCACGGCUGGAUUUUCAAGUCCGGGAACCGCCCAAGGGGUUACAAUGUGGCUUUCGAGUACUCGCUCGAGUCCGUAGCGACGGACAUUGCGCGUGCAAUGUGGUGCGGCGAGGAGUGGUGCAACAUCAUCAGUGCGACGGUAUGCGCGCACACGAUAGAUCUGUCCAUGGACUUGCCACUAUGGUUCGUCGGCGCCAACAUCGAGGACAGACCUGAGGACGACGACAUGGCAGCGUACCAGGAGUCUACCGUCAUCUGCGUCUCGCAUGCAUUCCGCGCGGCGGUGCAAAUGGGUGCACACAUCGACGGCGACUUCAUCUCAUACGACCGUCUCUGUCGGGUGGCUGACUGCUUCAAACUUUUGUUUGCGGCAUGCAUGUGGAUAAUGCGCAUGGCAGGAGACGAUCCGCGCAGCCACUACGAAGCUUUCUACCUCGCGGACCUGGUGGUGAAGCCCACACUCGUCACGUCCAUGCAUCGGCCCUUCGAUCAUCGACGAUCCGUCGUCCGCGCCGCAAAAGUCGUCACGGACAGGCUCGGGAAGGCGAAAGCUACGUUUGGAGAGUACCCCGACUACAUCCCCGGAUGGGCACCCUGCGACAUUGGUUUCAGGCAUGACGCGAGCAUAACGGGGCCGGAGGAUGCGAAGAAGCUAGAUUGGUUGGGUUCGGGCCCUCCCGAUGGUGACAUAACAACGACGAUGGAAAAAAUGACCCGUAGGCGGUGGGGGGAGUGGUGGGGUGCGCGAUGGAAAAGAUGACGCGGGACGACACAGAGGGAGG